AUGCGUGAUACGGAAGCCAGACGGGCCGAGGAAGAACGUCUAUACAGACAGAAACUAGCCGAAGAACAAGCACGUGAGAUGCAAAGACGUAAACCUAAAGAACGAAAUGCAAAUCUUGGUUCAGACAAGCCACGAGUCCGGAAGAUUCCCAUAUCAUCCUCGGAUGAAGAUCAAGCUCAAGCCGCCAAGAUUAUAUUAAGAUUUAUAAGGAACAAGAGGUCAACUCGUCAAGUUCGUCAAAUACUCCGAAAAUUGCAUCAAUUACGUUCUAUCGAAGACAAACUUGGCGAGAUUCGUUCUAGUUACACGCCUGGUCCACUCACAUUCACCGCCGACUCGGAAAGACGAGUAUUACCAACAACAGCCGAAAACAAAGAGUUUUUAAAGAAUGAGGAGAAUGUAAUGAAAGUCUUUGACGAACUAGACGGAAUACAAAGCGCGGGUGCGGACAUUGUACGACAACGAAGAAAGGAAAUUGUUAAAUAUGCUCAGAGCAUUCUCGAAACAUUUGAUAUCAACCGCGAUGAGCAGUGGAUGGCGUUCAAUGAAAAUAAAGCAAGCAAUUCUUUUGAAGAAUUGACGAAUGAAGAACGAGAGAACACUGAUCAAGCAGCUGAUAUGGUAUCGGCUGAUGAAGAUGAAGGUGAAGAUAGCAAAGAAUCAGCCGAUGACGAGGAAAUCCGUCCUUAUGUGAUCAAAGAGAAAGAACUCGAAAACUCGUCAAGUGACUCUGGUGAUGGCUCUGUUAAUGAGAAUUUGGUACAAGACGUUGAAAUCGAAGAUGGUACCAUAGAAGAGAGAAUAACGCAGUCAUCAUCUAAUGCUGAUAUUGAAAUGAUCGACAGAGAUUCUGACACAGUCGAGCCUGUAGAAGAAGAAGAAGACAUUGACAAACUUGUUGAUGAAGAAUUAUCGAUACCAGAUGUUAAUUCGGACAAUGCCGAUAUGAUUGAAGAUGAAUUUAUACUAGUGUAA